GAUGUAUAGCUCUGUUGACUCCUCUGUUUUUAAUGUGAGUUGAAGGGAAUCGUCUAUCUUGAUUCCCAAAACGCCAUUCUUUGCCUCUCUUCAAUUUUGUACUAGUUAGUUCAUACCAUGGCUAGCUGGUACAGUUCUAAAUCUAAAAAAAGUUUUGUCUUCGAUCAUUGCCAGCCUGCGAAUCUGAGCGUGACCUUUGAUUCUUUUCUCUCAAGUGCAAUAUUCUUUUGCUCAUAUUUUAGUGACGAGCACUCGAGGCCUUCACUUAGAUUGGGCAAUUGGCAUCACUGAAUCAUUAUACUUAUGCACACUGAUCAUCAUUAGACUGUCACCAGCAACUGAUAUUUAAUGCCAUAGCUAGUAACCAUGGGAAGCUUGUAUGACAGCUUCAAGCUAUAACAAGAAACAUUGACUAACUGCAGAAAAGGAUUGGAGUUCAUUGCAGAUGAUCUGAUCCGACAACUACAACGUAACUGCAGCAGGUAGCAAUUGCACGACCAACUCGGUUAAGGCGCAGACGCUGCUUCACCUCUGUGCAGAGCAGACUGCACUAGCUCAACCGCACCUCUACCCAGAUCAGAGGAAGGAAGAUGCUUGAUGUGGCCGAAUUGGGUUUGGCCAAUCUAACUGAAACAACUAAUCUAUACUGUCUUAUAGAAACAAGACGCAGCUAGUCUCGUAGUUCUAUCCUUGAUUCGUGAAUCGCAUAAGCGAAUCUUUAGACCAUUCUGCCGACCGUCGUACCUAAUGGGAACAGAAGAAUUGGCUUGUGGCGUUUAGCUUUUGGUAUUACAAAAGAAAUGACGGCCAGGAAACUUCCCCCCAAUCCAAAGUUCCAAACUUUACCAGUUUCGCGUGCACCAAGUCAGGAAAUUGAUCCUCUCACUUCCUCCCCCUACUGACCACUAUCCUCAACUUUCGCUUCCUCGCUCGCGAAGACUUCAUGACGCGGUAACCUCAAAAAGUCCUCCUCCAGAUUGCUUAUUUAUAACAGCAAGCUCCUCUGUUUUCAUCGAAACCCAAAUCCCCAACAUCGAAAAUGGAAGCAGUCUAUUUGCCACCGGAAAUCCUACUCGACAUCUUCCACAGGCUGCCAACCAAGUCCAUCCUCGCCUGCGUCUGCGUCUCCAAGUACUGGCGUUCCCUGAUCAAAACCCCAGAUUUCAUCACCACCCACUUCAUCCAACAGUCUGCCAUUUCCGCCUCGAACCCAAAACCCCUGUUCCUCCUCCGCCUCUGUUUCGGCCCCAAUCUGGAAAACCACUACUCCCUUCACCAAGACGACAGCAAAUUCACCCACCACGCCGAUAUCAAACCCCCUCCAACCAUCAACAACCAGUCAUUCUCCAUCGUCGGAUCGUGCCGGGGCCUUGUCUGCCUGAUGCACAAUCUCUACACAUCCAAUUACACAAUCGCCCUCUGGAACCCUUCAAUCGGCAGAACCUUCACUCUCCCCCGACCGGGCGUCACCUUCGAGACCCACGGCGGGUUCGAAGCGCUCCUCGGAUUCGGAUUCGAUUCGUCGACCCAGGAUUACAAAGUGGUCAGGAUCGUGCGGCUCCUCGAGUACGACGAGAUCGAGAUCGAAGUCGAGGUCUUCUCCCUGAACGCCGGAUCGUGGAGGAGGAUUACCAUGGUGGCGCCGCAGUACAACAUCGUGGAGCGCGGGUCACAGGCCUUCGUGAACGGGUCGGUUCACUGGGUAGCCACCCGGGGCGACGGCGACGGCAACGGUGAUGAAAAUCUGAUUCAGGCUCUCGAUCUGGAGGGUCAAGGGCGGUUCCGGGAGCUGGAGCUGCCGGAGGGGUUGAGAUCGGAGAGCCCGAUGUUCCUGACGGUGUGCGGUUACAAGGAAUCGACGAUUGCGGUGUUCAAGAGGCGGUAUUUGGGGGAAUCGGAGAGUGAGAUUUGGGUGAUGGAAGAGUACGGAAACGCGGAUUCGUGGGUGAGGCUGCUGACGAUUGGGAUGUACGAUGGCGGAUUGCCAAGGGCGUUGGGGUUCAGAGGGAACGGCGAGAUACUGUUCGAGCUCGCCGGCGGGGAGAUUGUUUCCGGCGAUCCGGAGAGUUUCGAGGUUGCGGAGUUGGGUUUGUGGGGAGAAGCUGGAUACUCGGUUGUUGGAAGUUUCACGGAGACGCUUGAUCUGCUUGACAGGACGAGUGGCUUUUCAUGAUGUAUACCAAUUGGGCUCUUUGUAGGCCUGUUUUUGAUUGGG